GUCCUUUGUUCACUAUAAGUAUCAUCUCCGUCCAAGACACAACUCCUCGCUCUAGGAGGAAACAUUUGGUAUCACUCACGCCAUGUGCACUUUAGAGAAAAAGGGGGACAUUUUCUAUCUUACCCUAACCGGCAUCGAUGAGCACAGACUGAAUCCCACCCUUAUCUCAUCCAUUGGCACAGCGCUUACCAAAAUCAAGUCCGAAGCGGAAAGGGGUUCGGUUCUAAUCACCAAGGCAGAGGGAAAUUAUUUCUCCAAUGGCUUCGACUUGAAAUACGCUGAGGCUGCUUGCACGCCGGAAGCCGCAAUGUAUCGGAUAAUUGACAUGGUAGAGACUUUCAAGCCAGUUGUGGCUGAGCUGAUCUCUCUCCCCAUGCCAACCAUCGCUGCCAUCACCGGGCACGCUGCCGGCGCUGGGCUGAUUCUGGCCAUUUGCCACGACAACGUUGCCAUGAGAUCUGACAGAGGCGUAUUGUACAUGAGUGAGCUGAACCUCGGGCUACCCUUGCCAGAAUACUUCUCAACGGUCAUCAGAUCGAAGGUGGGGUGGCACUCUGCCAGGCGAACGGUAGUGCUGAGAGCAUCCAAGCUGAGGGCUGAGGAGGCGCUUGGGUUGGGGCUGAUUGGCUCGGCGCACGCUAAUGCAGAGGAGACCGUGAAGGCAGCGGUUCUUUUGGCGGAGUCGCUGUCGAAGAGGAAGUGGAAUGGCAUGAUAUAUGCUGAGUUGAGGAAAGCGUUGCUUCCUGAGGUUUGCAGUGCCUUUGGGUUAACUAAUAAUGAUACACCUGCGGUGCCAUCACGACUUUGACUAUAUUUGCUUCAAAAUGAUAUAAUGUUAGAUACUUCACCCCACUAUGGUGUCACUAUAUAAGAACUUUAGAAAUAUUUUUUAAUAAUGAUAUUAAUGAUAAUGACGCUAAUAUUAAUGAAUAAUAAUGAUAAUAAUAGCAGUGGAAAUUAAUGAUACCCA